UGCUCCGAGGCCCAGGAAGGAAUGCAGGGGCCCGCUGAAUCAGCAACCUUGAUAACCCCACAAAUAUCAGUAGCUCGAAGGUGGUGUCAGCAGGAAUAGCCGCCAUGUUUGUCGAGUCAUGGUGUCUGUCUGAAAACACUCUCGGCAGAUGAGAGGUGGUGCUUUUGAUUAAGCGCAAGGCCUUUCUGCUAGCUCGAGCUACGUUUGGCGAUUGCUUUGUUCCCGCAACUAUUCUUAUUCAGAAGGAGCCUGGAGAUUGGAUAUUGUUAGAUUCUGCAGGUCUUUUCGUCUGAAUGGACUCUCAGCAGCAGUUCUGCGAGUUGCUUCGGUGCGCUGUGAGCCUUCACGAGAACAUCAGCGACGCGAUCGAAAGAAGCCUCCAGAGCGAUUUCAUUCUAGCGACAUCGUCAGCUCCUUUGACUGCACGAUCAUGGUCAAGCCAGCGAGACACGACGUCAAGCAUUAUACACCCGGCUCCAGGUCAACCUGCUGACGAGAACAUCAAACAAGGGAACAGACUAAAACAUGCAGGCGCUUUCAGCUCGAGCCCGCUUAUUCUUUCGCCGAAGUUCCCGCCUGAUCUAUCCACAUCCUCCUCUCGCAACUCAUCGUCCAAGCAGACUGUGUCAGAGGCGCCUUCCCCUCCUCUGUCUGAGCGCGGUCAGACUGACGCUCCUGGCCAUCAGCAGCAGUACAAGGGGCAGCAGCAGCAGCAGGAGCAGCACCAUCACCAUGAGCAGCAGCAGGAACAGGGCAAGCACCAUGGCCGGCUUUCUUUGCCUGCCAUGGGCGCGAGAACAGCCUCGAGGCUGGGUGAGGGUACUGCGGAGGCUCGAAUAUUGAUUGCUUUGCGGGACUCACUGGAGAUGGUCGAGAGUGCUCUGGAACGGUUGAUGCACUGUGAGCAGAUUCUGCACCAGCAGCAGCAAGAUCGGGGGAGGGGGCAGCGCGGACGAGCAGCUGCGCAUGAGCGCGGAAGAGUGGUGGCGGAGCUACAAAUGGCGCUGCGCGUGGUGUGGUCGCAGGGGGAGAGCCACCGGGGCAGAGAGGAAGGGGUGGUGCGGGAGGUGCUUGACUUCGUCGCCAGUGUGGCUCAGAUCCUGCCAUGUUUAGACAACAGCGGAAAGCCUUCGGCUAUGCAUGACGUCAGGGAGACUUCGAGACGUCUGGUUGCCACAGCAACUGCUGACACACCUAGCGACGGCCGCUGUGGCAGCAGCAGCAAGAGCAACAGGAGGGGCAGCAGCAGUGGGGUUACCACAACAGCAGCAACUAGGAGGUUACAGUCUGAGCGAUCGUUUCCCGCCCGCUCUCCAUCCUCCUCUCAUAAGAGCGACCCAGGCGUUCCCCCGCCCUCCUUAGUAUCUUUCCUGGCACAGCAACAGCAGCCGCAGCAGAAGCAGCAACAGCAGCAGCAGCAACUGGCGCAGCAUCCUCAGCAGCAGCAGCCCUAUUAUCAGCAGCACCAACAGCAGCAGCAGCAGCAUCAGCAGCACCAACAGCUAUCUCAGCAACGGUCCCCAGAGCAGCAGAAGCAGCAGCUCUCAGGCAGCAGGCAGAGCAGCCAUAGGAGUAGCGGUAAUAGUGGCAGUGGCAGUGGCAGUGGCAGUGUCAGUGGCGGUGGCAGUGACAGUGGCAGUGGCAGCAGUAGCAGGAGGGGCGGAGGCAGUAAUCAUGUCGGCAGCAAGAAUGCAGCAGCUCUUCCUGACUGCAUAACGCCCCCCACCAGUCAAGGCAGGCAGCGCAAGUCAAUGGCCUCUGCUGACGCCACGCCACUCUGUUCCACGUCACCCACCUCCACGUCAGCAUUGUCAGCGUCCCCGCCCUCACCCUCACCUGAAUGUUUCCCCUCGCCUCCCCCUCUGCUGCCAAUUGGUUGGGAGCAACGGAAGGAGGAGGGGGAGGAGGACGAUGGGAAAGCAGCCUCAGUUGCAGCCGUAGCUAUUCCUGCUGAUGGCUCUGAAUCUGAUGGCUCUGAAUCUGAUGGCUCUGCACCCGUGCAGGUCUCACCUGUUGCUGCUACGACCUCCACUGCUGCUGCCGCUGCCGCUGCUGUUGCUGCCGCUGCUGUUGCUGCCGCUGCUUCCGCUGCUGCUUCCGCUGCUGCUCCAGCUCUUGACUCUCCCGACACCUUCUCAUCCACUCUUCCUGCUCCUCCCGCCCCUCCUCCUGCCCCUCUGGCCCUGGAACCUUUCUCCGCUCCUUCUGCCUCGCGUCUAGUCCCCCUACCCCUCCUGCCGCUCCAGCGCCUAGCCCACCCCUUCCUGAGCAGCAGCUUUCGUCUCGUCGACGCUCUUGCGGGCGGCAUGGCUCGGCAGGUUUCGUCUGGUGUCUCCGGCUUGCUCCGGAACGUGUGCGGCAACCCGAACCUGUUUUCCAAGCCUCUGGGCCAGCUCGGGUCGCUGGGCGGCACGGUGCUUGGCUUGGGCGGCGCAGUGGGGGUUACUGUAGGCCUGGCGCUUAUGGCAGCUAAUGCUGCAAACGGGGGGGUUUCUAACGGGGUGUAUCAGCGAGCAGGGAUGGGAGGGCGGCCAUUGAGGGUGGAGGAGGGGAAGAUAGAAUGGGCUCAGCAGGUUGAUGCUGAGGAGCACAAGUACUGGGUUGAUGAGUACAGUGCAAGGGAGUAUGGUGUUAGUGGGUAUGGCAGUAACGAGUAUGGUCCUAGUGAUGGGGCCCAUGGGCAGUGGGAGGAAGGAAAGGGAGAGGGAGGGGUGGGUAGCCCAUUGGAGGAGGAUGGUGAAAUGAGGGAUGAUGGUGAAAUGAGAGAUUAUGGGGAUGAUGGUGAUGAUGAUGAUGAUGGUGAUGGUGAUGAUGGUGGAGACUUGGAGUAUGCAGAGAUAGUGGGGGGACUGGUCGCUCCAGUGCUGGGUGUCGAAUCAGUCGGUGCAGUGAAGGUGGGGGCACACGAAGGGGACACCAAGGAGACGAUGGGGAGACAUGGUGGCGAAAGGCAUGGGAAGGUGCAUAGAAGGGAGCACUGGGGAAGGAGUUCUGUACCUUAUUUGCCAGAGGAGGCCGGACGUUCUUUCAGAGGCUCUUCCAAAGCUUCGUCUGCCACAGGAUCUUUUCCUUCGGGAGAUUCUUCUUCCAGGGGUGGUUCUUCUUCCAGUGGUGGUUCUUCCAGCGAUUCAAGCUCUGUCCGUGUUGUCCGUGUGCACGAGAUGGCAGGGGACUCUCCCCUGCACGUUGUGGGUGAAUGGGGGGGUGCUAGAGAGGAGGACGAGGGGACACUGCAUGUGCUGCGGCAGUGGGAAGGGGAGGAGGACUGGGGCCCCGACUGGAGCUGGACUGCCGAGGAAGAUGAGGAGGCUCUUAUUAGAGGGGGGGUGGAGGAGUGGGAAGGGGUGAGGGAGGGGGAGGGGGAGGUGGCAGCUGGGUGGGUGGAAGAAGAGGACGAUAUAAGGGGUGAGGGACUGCGUGGCGAUGAUUCUAUGGUAUGGCAGGGUGAGGAGAUUUCAAUGGGGAGCAGGAGUGACGUGAUCAGUCUGAGUGUAGACGAGGAGGAAGGGCAUAACAAAGGAACAAGUUCUGGUGUUGAAGACUGUAGAGAUGCUUUACACUAUCACGGAGGCAGUAUAAAUGUAGGAAAUGCUGGGAGCAGGAGGCGAGUUGAAGGGAUGGACGAAGACUGGCCUUUGUCAGCAGGUGGAUGAUAUGUAGAAUUUAUUUUGACUAAUUGGACGUUGAUUGAACAUUGCAUUCGGUUCGGUUGUGUUGUCUCGUCAGCUGUACAUGCCUGUUGCGUAGAUGU